CCCGCCUUCGUUGCUAGGGCGGCGAUUCGCCCCCACGCGGAGCCCUCUCGAAGCCGGCGCCGCCUCGUCGCCGAGAUGGACGUCUCCUUUCUCGUCAAGUAAUACUUCUCCCUCUCCCUCACCACCCUCUCUCUCUCCGCUGUCUCCAUCACCAGCGAUGCCGGAUUUUCCCCAGCCUUUCUCUCCUACAACUUCGCCCUCGACGCCAAUCGAAGACUUGGUCGAUGAAUGGCUGGUUUCGGGAUUUCGUCCAGUGUCUACACAUCCAACAUACUUAUCAGAGAAUUAUACUCAUGAGUUGAAUUGGAUCGGGCGUCGGCUUUCCCAUCUGAGAUGACGCUCGCCGGGUGGUCGCCCAAAGUUGUCGUUCACAGACAACACUCUGACUGAUGGUCCCUGCAAGUCGGUCGCCCGCUGCUGAGGACGAUGACGGAUUCAAGAAAGUUUUCCGAUGAGAUGGUGGAAGUGUUGGCCCCUGAUGCCAUACUCGCACGACGCUUGUGAAUGGGUACUGCAGGGAUGGCCACGUGCAUCAAGAUCUAGUCUUGUAAGGGCGUGGAACCCUGUGUUGUUACAUAUACUUCGUUGGUCAAUGCAAUGUGUAAAGCAGGGAAGCUGAGGAGAGCAACUAAGAUUGUCAGCCGAACUAAGGAGGUCACUUUCACACGAGAUGGUACUUGAAUGUUGCAUUCCUGAUCAUGAAGCAGACAAAGGAGAAGAGUGGAAUUUGGCUUCCUUUUGCGAGCUACAAUCCUCUAAUUAAUGGGUAUUGUUUGCCGGGGAGGAUGGAUGUUCAUCGAGGAUUGUUCGAGACGAUGUGGUACGAACUAAAUGAAUGGCACGGUAGGAGUGGAGACAAUGAUCUGGCAUUCCAGUUGAAUCUGGAGAUGCUUGACAACUUAUUGGAAGUACUUGUGAAGUAAGAGACUGGACAGCACUUGUAAGCAUUCCCAGAAAAUGUUGAUUUUGAUCUACAUCUUGAUGAAUUUACAUACACCACACACACACUGAUUGAUGGCUAAUGGAAUGAGGGGAAUGAAGAAGGCUUUCAUAGAGUGAGUCAGACAAAGGAAGUAAAACGAUUCCUGUUAGGAUGUUCUAUGAUGAGUUUUUUCCAGAUAGUAUCACAUAUGGCAUACUGAGGGAUUGAUGUGGCAAAGCGGAGUUCAAAAGUGUGUUCAUUCUUUAAAAGGAUUGAUAAAUGAAGCUUAUAAGGCAUUUGAUUCAACAGCGAAGAGGAGGUGGAUGCCUGAUGCUACUGCAUAUAAUGUUAUCAUCCAUGGACACUGUAGGGCAGGAAACUUGUGUGCAUAGAUGGUACAAGAUGGCUUUCUCCUCAGUGCAAUUACCAUUAUUAAGGGUAUCUCUCAAUUUGAUAAGGAUGAGGAACUGAAUUAAGUGAACCACAAGAACGUAGAUGUUGUAUUGAAUGUUCUGACUAACAUGGCAAAGGAUGGACGUCUGCCUCGUGACAGUGAACUAAAAGAAUGUACUCAUUAGAAUGGUUUUCUGGAAAUUCACCUUGCAAUGCUAAAAAAAAUCAUUUGUAUCAGCAAAGAUUGAUGACCAUGCUAUUCAUUUGGCACAAGAAAAUGAUUUCAGUUGAGCUAGAUUAUUCAACAGCAAUGUUCAGAGUCUGCUGCAUGGUUCAUUUUUUGUGGCAUCGAGCUACAGUACAAAAUCUAGAUCCAUGUCUAUCUGAACCUUCAAAUGCAUAAGUUCUACAGAAAGCCUCUACUUCAUGAGUGUAGCACCCUCCCAGGAAGCAGCACGACUUGAGAUGCAUCAUUGGCAACGACUCCCACCAACUAACAUCAUGCGCAAGAGCAUCUCUAUAAGCUAAAGUUAAAGAGUUGGGCCUCCCACUCAUGAUGCUAUCAGGUUCUACACCAAGUAGGUAUGGCUUAUUCUAUUCUGUCACUCUCUUCAUUAAUUCCUAACUGCUCCUUGACCUUCCCCACCAACACAAGUAGAUGCUUAACCAUACUAUUUAUGAGAGUACUAGUGUUCCUCUAAGCUUUCACUACUACUAGUCUUUGGGAGGAGGAUUCUCCCUAUUCUUCCUUGGAUAUAUUGUGUAUUAACCUUAAUAAUUGGUAGAUAAAGAUUUAUUCGCUUGAUAUAAUUAUUAUUGAUAAUUUUAGUUUAAAUGUUUUAGGAUCCUUGUUCGGGCUCAAUAAAUUAAUCGGUUAAUUAUGGUGUACAUAUGAUUAGAUAAUGUGAGGAACUCAAAUAGAAAACGGAGAAAUCAUUGCUAGAUAGGACGAUCAUAUGUGCACAAUGUUGGAGGUUGGUUUUGAGUUAUAUUAUAUUUGAUGAAAUUAGUAGCUUCAAUUUGGAUCUAAGCAAUUUGGGAUAAUGAUUUAGGUUCAAUAAAUUAAUGGAUUAAUUGCUUCAUCAGAUCGGGUGGUAACGCACUGAACCCAAUGAGAUGAACUACUUGCUUCUCAAUAGGAGAAUGAUGGUGACCUCUUUUGAGUUAGGCUUCCUUUCUUAAACUAUGAUAACAAAAGAGCUAAAGUGUGGUGUUUGGCUGAAUCAAUUUGCAAGGAAUCUGCAUUCGUUCUGGUUUGGUUUGUCAUUCGACGAGAGUUGAGCUCCUUAACCACUAUAUUAUUAUAAGAAAAAGUACUAUUUUUUAUUUUCUAGAAUGUCAAUUAUGUUCAUAAAAUGUUCCUAAUGGGAUGAUGAUAGGAAAAAUAAAUGGAGAUGAAAGGUAUUUUAUAUUAGCGUACAAAUGUGGAGCGAGGAUAGGUAGAGCACUCUCUAGUCCGUAGUUAUUCUUAUACCCGAUCCAUUAAUACGUGAGUUGAGAUGUUAGGCCCAGACACUAAGUAGGUCAUGCUUACGUUAUUCAAAUUAGAUUGGAUCAACCUCGAUCGAAUUGAUCAUGAUUUAAUUAGAAAUUAUUUGAUUCAAUUGAAUCAAAUGAAAUAUCUCUCAACAGUAACAUGUUGCAGACACCUAAUCUCCGAUCGUAGGUGAUAUUAGGAUGGUUUUUUUUUAAUUGAAUGAAUUAAUUAAAAUGAUAUGGUCUUCGCCGCCGAUGGGGAUUUUCUAUCUUCGUCCCUGUCUUAUCAAAAUACAGAAUGAGACCAUAACGAAGACGACGAGGAAGCAUUUCUGGCUCCCCAUCCCGCCUGAUUGACAUCGCUGUUUGGAACUUGGAAUGAUGGGAGGGUGAAGAACCUUACAAAUAAAUGAUUGCUGCAGUUAGAUAUGGAUUUGAUAUAUUGUUUCCCUUAAUCAUUACACCAUGAGAAGAGUGUAUUGCUUGAAGCAUAAGAUUGCAUUUAACUAAUGGCUUAAAUCAGUGCACUAAGAUCACUUCUCCAAAUAGUUAGAUUUUUAUAGUAAUCUCAAGUCUCCAUCUCAAUUCUUAACUAUAAAGUUAGUUCUUUUGAUUGAAUGAUGUAAUGUACCUACUUAUUAUUAUCUAACAUCCAAAUGGCGAGUUCCUGAACAGUAACCCUCUCGAUGAUCACCACCCAAAAGCUGAAGGAAAUAAAGAAAGAAAACAUGAAGAUAGACGACAAUACUGGCGGCCAAAGCAAGAAAGUAAAGCUGGUUUAGCCCUCCCUUUUAAUCCACACUUUGCCUUCCUCAGAAACAGAGCAGCAAAUCAAAGGGCAUAAACGCGAGAGAGAGAGAGAGAGAGAGAGAGAGAGGCCAUGAAAGGAAGCCUGGGAGGAGGAAGAGGAGUCUCAACAGACCUUUUGGUCUGCUUUCCAUCAAGAGCUCAUCUGCCGCUGAUGCCAAAGACUAUAAGUGGUCCAUCCCGGCACACGGAAUCCGGCAGGCGCCCUCCGACGAGGCACACCGGCCGUGGCCGGGCGAGCCCCCUCUUUAAGGCCAAGGCCAAGCACUUGAACUCGGCGGAGCUCGACGAGCCGGCCUCGCCCAAGGUCACCUGCGCCGGCCAGAUCAAGGUAAGGGCCAAGGCGAGACCAACGCCCAGACGCAGCGGCGGCGGCUGUGACAGGAACUGGCUCGAGAUGUUCGGCCUCAAGAAGGACGCCAUGCACUUCCUUGGCGCCCUCCGAGGCCUCCGCUUUGGCGCCAGGUGCUUCGGUUCGUUCCGUGCCCCAGCGGACUGCACCAGUGAAGAGGAAGACGAAGAUGAAGAGGAGAGGAAAGACAAUCGCCAACUACAGGAGGCCGUAGAAGAGGAGAGCAACGGACGUUGCGAAGUGGAAUCGAUGGCGCCACCUCCAAAUGCUCUUCUGCUCACGAGGUGUAGGUCAGCACCUGCAACGAGGUGGUCACCGAGUGGAGGAGGCGGUGGUGAUGGAGAAGAGUCGUCGGCGAAGAUGAUUAGGGCGGAAGAGGAGGGGGUGGUUCUGCCGAACUAUGCUCAUGGUUUCCCUAAGGUGUCGUCGGAGAUUGCAAAGGAGAGUUGGGUUGAGGUAAGGAUGAAUCUGCCGGUGAGGAGUCGAAGCUGGAAGAGAUGAUGGAUGUCGACGGUGGUGGCGUUCAACUGCUUUACCGGUGCUUCAUGGUGUUCAUGAGACUAAGUUCUUCUCUCCCUUCUUCGUGUGCUCUACAAAUCUAUCCUUCAGAGUAUGAAAAUAACGUAUUUACCUAAUAACGUUUAAUAGCA